UUGCAGUUCAGUUUUGUGGGAGCUGUAGAAAAUAAAAAUUUCUUUUUUUUAGUCAAAUAUUUUAGCAUUUGUAGAGCUCCAGAUUUAAAACAGAAUGUUGUGGUUGUUGAGGCCCGUUCCGUACAUGUUUUUUCAUACCCGAAAGAGGUACAGUUUAUUAAGUCCUACAAAUCUGUUUACAACCCCAAUGGCGUGGCUGACGUUUCGGGAGAUGGAACCAAUGAGUCACUUGCAUAUCCAGCUGACAAAGAAGGUGCUGUUCAGGUAAGCUUAAACGAAGUCGUGGUUGUACUGAGACAAGAAGACUGUAAAGGUAGUGGAUGCAGUAAUAAUUUUGCUAAUGGAUGUGCUGUUUUACUAGUAGCUCGUCGCUUCUUGAGGAAAGUUCAAAGUAGCUGUGUCGGAUACGCUGAGUUUCAGUACAAACAAAAUUCUGAAUUUGCCUCGUACUUUAGUGCUAGAUCGCUUUUGAUAUUCCAUAUGGAAGACAUUGCAACAGACGUAGCGUUUGCUACUACUGCCUUUUUUAAAAUAGUUUUUCUAAGCAAACUUUCUAAAGAAUCUUCCUCUUCGCCAGUUUGUGUGAAUGCGCAUAAUUCUAGUAUCGCACGUCUUGCCCUGGAUAACCGAGGGAAGAAAUUAGCUACUGGUUCAAAAAAGGGGACUGUGAUCAGAUUAUUUGAAGUUAGCACGAGAGGGCUUUCAUUACUCAAUGUUUUUAGAAGGGGAACAGAUCCAGCAACUCUUUUGCGGUUUUCUCCGUGUUCGAGCUUUCUUGGUGUCUAUAGCGACAAGGGAACAGUACAUAUUUUCUCGCUUAUGAGACAAGAAAAUAAGCAUGUAAAUAAAAAGUCUAUUCUUCGUUAUGUGGGUCUAGAGGAGGUCGAGUGGAAUUGCGCCCAAUUUUCUUUACCAGACGGCAAGGUUUUUGCUGACUUAGGUUUUCACACCGUCUCAGCAAGUGGGUCUGCUAAGGGACGGAGUUCCAGUAAUCAGCAGUACAUUACUGCCGUGUGUUCAGACGGUACUUUCCACCGCUAUUUAAUCAACCCGGAUGGAACAUGCACUCGAGAAGGUUUUGACCAGUAUUUAGACUUAGGUGACGAACAACAUUUCUGGUCUGGAGAUUUCUAACU